UGGGGGUGGAGGUCUUGAACGGGCAGCCCAAUGGUCCUGACGGGUCAUAUCUGUUCUAUGGCGUUCCUGAGGGGACAACCCUUAUUCAGGGUCGCGUGCGUUUCGCAGCCAAUUACGAGUGCAAAGGCGAGAGGAUUGAGUAUUCAUUCGUCGGCAAGGCUAGUUGCUCCUUCUCAGCUGGAGAUGAUACGAUAUACGGCAGAGAAGUCUUGUACGAACGAAUCUUCAUCAUGAACAUCCAGCGACCCAACAGACCACACAAGAUAUCGCCCGGUCACUACGAGGAGACCUUUGAGAUAUCUUUGCCUCCCACUCUCCCAUGCUUCAACAGUAGUGAUCAUGCCCGGGUGAGCUACAUCAUCACGGCCCGCUUGAUCCGCAAAUGGAGCUUGGACGUGAUUGAGACCAAGGAGAUCUGGUUUGUCUCAACUAUUCUACCACCGCCCUCGGCAGGGCUUCAACUUGUUCCUGCCACGACCUACGGCCACUGGAAGGAAGUUCUCCCUUGCUCCAUCACGUUGCCAUCAGAGGUUCUCUGCUUGGGACAGACCGUCCCGGUUAUUAUUCGAUUGGGCCCAUUUUUGUCGACGAGUAAGGCGUCCGGAAAGAGGAUCAAGUUCUGCAGCCGAGACUUCGAUUGAAGCAAUACGCGACUCUGUCGAGCAAUAGUGGAAACACCACUACAUCGAGGUACAAGGGUAACGUGGUCGAUCUUAAGCUGAGCCACUGGCCGAGACACGAGG